AGAUAAACAAAUCAAUGUGAAAAUGAAGUACAUGUCUGCGUUAUACAGUUUGUUUGUAAAACCUCGCAUAACGCAGCUGAUGAAACAUGGUUGAGAUCUUCAUAUUAUUUUACUAAAGGUGAUGCAAAAUGGACAAGAGAUUACAUUUUGUAUUCCUGUGGUGUUUCCUCAUCUUAUAUUUUUGCACACAAAUAGAAGCACAGACUGGCGUUUGUAAGAAAGAUCCAUUGAUGUGCUGCCCAAAUUACAGAAGAGUUGGCAGGAAAUGCGAAGAAUGCUGGCCUGGAUCCUUUAGUUACAAUUGUAACAGUUCUUGUCCUUAUGGGCGUUAUGGGAAAUUUUGUCUUGAGAAAUGUAACUGCUCGCCAUGUGACAAGAUAUCGGGAUGUACACAAAAUUCAAGCUUACAGGAUGAGAACUCAGAUAACGUAACUUGGACAGUUACUGAAACCACUAUGCCAGAAUCAUCCCAAAUAGAACUUACCGUUACCGAGGACGCUGACUGGCUAAGUGUUGCCAUGUUUGUUUCCGGAAGUGCUGGUCUUUGUUUUGUAAUUGGCUUUGCAGCCCACCGUAAACUGAGGAAACGCAGAAACGAAAGGCGGUCGAAAUCACACCAGAGUGAUGAUGAUCAAAAUUUCACGAGACCACAAUUAAAUCCAAGUGCGAAUAACACAACAUUUGGAGAAUAUAUCGAAAACAUAAUAUCUGAAGAACCUCAUUUUCCCUCCAAAUACAAUAAUCGGACUGAAACACUUAAGUCUAACAAAAAUUUUCCAGACGAGGGAGCCUUAAAAGCCAGUAAAAUAUCAAAGAACGCUGAUACAUAUAGCAGGCCUACCUCUGAAAACAUAUAUAGCCAUCUUAACAUGGAUGCUUUGCCAUACAAUACAUUAAAUCUUAAAGUAGCUUCAGAAAAAGAGUCCAAUAUUGGAAUGUAUUCUACAUCUUACCAGAAAGUGACAUCCACAGAUAACAAUACUCACAAUGAAUUAGCGACUAAAUGUUCAACCCAAAGUAGUUUUCCCGAAGAUAUUUCAUCAGAAGUACAUGAAUAUUCAGCGCCUAAUGAGAAGGAUGCAAAAAUACAGAUGGAUGUUUUAAGCUUAGAGAACAAUUCUCAUACUGCUAAAUCAAACAUGCAAAAACCAAAAGCCUCUAUGACUGGAAAAGGUCAAAUGUCAUCAAAACGAAAACUCGAACAGAAAAAGCAUAUGAAUGAAAUGUCCAAAAUGUUGGAAAACUUUAAGCCAAAGACCGAGGAACAGGAAAACAAUUACUCAAAGGCAAGCAUAAUUCACCCAAAAAGACCUUCAAAAAAGACACAAAAUAAACUACUGAGAUAUAGUUUUGCUCCUUCUACAGAAAUUUCAUUAAAAAACUGAAAAAAGAAAGAAGGCUGUUGUAAACAAAAAAUAUAUAAUUGUAACAGCUACAAGAAAAAUACUUAUUAUUGACAUUUCUCUUUUCCUUCAUAUACAUGUAAUUGUCCUUUCAAGCACGGAAGAUGUAAGCUAAAUUUCUGUUUUCCGCCGUAGUGCAGAGGCAUGAAGAAACUAAAGAGCAGCUCCUUUUAUAAAGGAUAUUUAUAACUUUGCUACAGUUAUUAUCUUUUAUGAAUAAAAGAGAAAAGUA